UCAGAGAGAGUUUCCGCAAAGAGUGGCAACGCGAAGGAGGAAGCCUGUUGCCCCAGGAGAGUCCGUACGGCCUCACCACGCGGUCCGACGAGUGGAGCGGUCUCCUGCCCAGCUCCACGAUCGUGGGUGCUGGGGGGUCGCCAUGGCUCGGACUCGGCGCAGGGGGUGGUACCGGGGCCACCACGGGGGGCGGAAGCCCCGUCGAGCUCGAAGGACACUGGGGUCGUAAGCUGUACGGUGCGAGUGUGGCACCGCCACCCCCGCCGCCGCAUCAUCAUCCGCGGGCACCGUUAGUUUUCGCGCCUCAGGACAUGAGGCAGAUACUCAAGGAGGAACCGGUACCACGUGCUUGGACACAGCCCGCCCUCGCCGACAACACAGCAACGGUCGGCGUGGGUCGGGCGCAUUUCGAGAAGCAACCACCGAGUAAUCUGAGGAAGAGCAAUUUUUUCCAUUUCGUAAUCGCCCUUUACGAUCGACACGGCCAACCGAUCGAGAUUGAGAGGACGUCAUUCAUGGGCUUCGUCGAGAAAGAUCAGGAGUCCGAGGGCCAAAAGACCAACAACGGUAUCCAGUACAGUCUGCAUCUACUCUACUCCAACGGUCACAGGCAGGUGCAGGAUAUCUACGUUAGGCUCAUCGACUCCGCGACGAAACAAGCUAUCAUGUACGAGGGACAAGACAAGAAUCCGGAGAUGUGCCGUGUCUUAUUAACGCACGAGGUCAUGUGCAGUCGAUGCUGCGACAAGAAGAGCUGUGGCAACAGGAACGAAACGCCCAGCGAUCCUGUGAUCAUCGACCGAUUCUUCCUCAAGUUCUUUCUUAAAUGCAACCAGAACUGCCUCAAAAACGCGGGCAAUCCACGCGACAUGAGACGCUUUCAGGUGGUCAUUUCCACGCAAGUGGGUGUGGAAGGGCCGUUGCUGGCAGUCUCGGACAACAUGUUUGUCCAUAAUAACAGCAAGCACGGUCGCAGGGCGAAACGCUUGGACCCCAGCGAUCCCGGCGAGUACAACAGUCUGUAUCCGCCGAUACCACUCCAAACGCCGUGCAUAAAGGCGAUAUCGCCUAAUGAAGGCUGGACGGCGGGCGGAUCCACCGUCAUAAUUAUCGGUGAAAACUUCUUCGAUGGACUGCAAGUUGUUUUCGGGACGAUGCUAGUGUGGAGUGAGCUGAUCACCCCGAACGCGAUCAGAGUGCAAACACCGCCGCGACAGAUACCGGGUGUCGUCGAGGUGACGUUAUCGUAUAAGAGCAAGCAAUUCUGUAAAGGAGCUCCCGGCAGAUUCGUCUAUGUCUCGUUAAACGAGCCGACGAUCGACUACGGCUUCCAGAGGUUACAAAAGCUCAUCCCGCGGCACCCGGGCGACCCCGAGAAGCUGCCGAAGGAGAUCAUACUGAAGAGGGCGGCGGACCUAGCGGAGGCCCUUUACAGUAUGCCCAGAAGCGGUAACACAGGGAUCACGGGUGCACCGAGGAGUCCGGGCUCGGUGCACGCACCCGCACCACCCACAUCUAGUUCGGCAACGGCCUUCAACUCGUACACGGGGCAAUUGGCGGUGACGGUACAGGAAAACGGUAGCGCGGCCAAAUGGACGGACGACGGUAGUUCCGUGACGACAGGAGCCGGUGUUGGCGGAGGAGGCGGCGGCGGUGGCGGCGGAGGUGGCGGCGGUGGUAGCGGCGGAAGCGUCGGCGGCAGCGUCGGUGGUAACGCCGACGCCUACAGACAAAGCAGUAGUGCAAGUCCACGUGGCGUCGUAACCGGCGGUGGUUACUGCGGUAGUUCGGCCAGCACGCCCCACAGUCACAGUACUAACGGAAGUUACUCCGUCGCCAAUCCGUAUACCGGCAGCCCGACCCUCUACACCUCGCCGCACGAACAAUACGGCAUUUUCUAUACGUCCGGAGACGGGAGUGCGUUCGCCCCCGUAGUACGACCACCGACCACCUCAGUCCCACCGCACUGGUCCACACAGCACCACCUCGCCACAGCCGCCCAGUAACCGCUAACCGUCCACCAUCACCACUACCACCAUCAUCACCACCACCAACCACCCUAUGCACUGUGAUUAAAGAAUUAUGAGACGACACUCGAGAAUGAUUAGGAGAGGUGGUCGGUUCACCCUUCAACAUGAACCCAUUUAUGUUGCCCACCUGCAGCCAGGGAUACUCGGCCGCCGCCAGUCCACUGCUCUCGUCAAACGGCAAAUAGUGCUACGAGAUGUAAGCUCCAACGAAAGCAUCGCGGAACACGGCCUUCGCGGGGACGACGUGCGAAACAGCGACAAACUGGCGAAUUGUUCGGCGACGCAACGCAUCCCCGUGAACUCGUACCACUUAUAUCGCGAUCCCGCGUCUCUUUUACUUCCUCCACUCUCUCCCACGGCUGCGUGAGAAGAUGGAGGAGAAGGAGGCAGGGGGAGGAGGUAGGGCCGUUUAUCCGCGUGCGUGUUACUUUCGUCGGAGUGAAAGUCUGCGGGUUCGUAAGGAAUCAGGUAAACCAGUGCAAAAAUCCACGACAGCUGUCUCGCACCGAUCACCGUUGAUCGCGCUAGUUAAGGAACGAUACAUAUCGAACAACGAGAAGGUGUCUUUCGCGUCUGUGAGCGUAUUAACAAGCUCGAUCGAGCGAACGUGGCUCGAACGGGGUCGUUGUAGAAAAUGUACUCGGGAAACCAUCGUUUUAUUUUACUUUUUUUCCGUUUCGUUAUCAGUAUUAAUUUAUAGCCAAUAUUAAAUACCGACCUAAAUAAAUCAAACAUGUGUUGUGUAAUCUGAAAAUAAACGACGUAGAGGCCAGUCCUGCGAAACGGAGGAACGCAAUAAUCGGAGGUGUAUAAAUCAGCGAUAGAAACUCGGCGCGUGACGUUCUGAUCGUUUAUUUUCAUCAACUUCGACAUAAAUACAAAAAUAAUGUAUGAAUGAGUACUUAUAAAAAUUAACGUUAAAUUUAAAUAUAUUCUUCGAAAGAAAAGAGAGGAAGUUAAACGAAGAGGCGUGUUAAGCUAGCUUGCAGAAGCUAGAAGUGAAACAAAUAUAAAACAUGAUUAAUACAAAUGA